GCGGCCCGCAGCUGGCGGCGGGGCCCGGCACCCGCUCCGCCCGCCCCCUCCCUGCCGCCCCGCCCGCGCCGCCGCGCCGGCCGCUGUCAGAGGCGCGUUGUAUGCUGAGCAGCUGUCGUCGCCUGCUGCUGCACGUCCUGGUACCAAGCUUCCCGCCGCUGACCCGCGGACUGCGGCUCUGCACUCUCCACCUCAUGAGGCCGUUGGUCGUGUUCGUUUUGGGCGGGCCCGGUGCGGGCAAGGGGACCCAGUGCGCGCGCAUUGUCGAGAAAUAUGGCUACACACACCUUUCUGCAGGAGAGCUUCUUCGUGAUGAAAGAAAGAAUCCAGAUUCACAGUAUGGUGAACUUAUUGAAAAGUACAUUACAGAAGGAAAGAUUGUACCAGUUGAGAUAACCAUCAGUUUAUUAAAGAGGGAAAUGGACCAAACGAUGGCUGUCAAUGCUCAGAAAAAUAAAUUCUUGAUUGAUGGAUUUCCAAGAAAUCAAGACAACCUUCAGGGUUGGAACAAGACCAUGGAUGGGAAAGCAGAUGUAUCUUUUGUCCUGUUUUUUGACUGUAAUAAUGAGAUCUGUAUUGAACGAUGUCUUGAAAGGGGAAAAAGUAGUGGUAGGAGUGACGACAACAGAGAGAGCUUGGAAAAGAGAAUUCAGACUUAUCUUGAAUCAACAAAACCAAUUAUUGACUUAUAUGAAGAAAUGGGGAAAGUCAAGAAAAUAGAUGCUUCUAAGUCUGUUGAUGAAGUUUUUGGUGAAGUUGUGAAGAUUUUUGACAAAGAAGGCUAACUGACCCUGAAGACAUCUUUGAAAUCAUGCUUGAAUAUUGCUUUGAUAGCUGCUAUCACAGCCCCCUUUUAAGGCAGUUUUAAUCUUUCAAAAUUACAUCUCAAUUAAUGUCUAGAAAUAUAUAGUAAGGCAAAUUAAAUUAUGUGUUUUUUUUAUUUGUGGUCACAGUACACAGUGAAUUCAGGUUUAAAUCAUUUUAGGUAUUAUGGUGCUCACAAAAUGAAGAAGGGUAUCAGCUAAUUCUUGUUUGUGUUAAAAGACUAUCCCUUUUAUCCCUUUUAUGUCUGUGCCUUCUGUGAGCUAAAUUUUUUUUUAGUAUGCAUGUAUAUCCCUUUUGUAAUUGCAAUGUGUUGGGAUUUGGGAUUUCGACCUCCUCUUGCUGCACAUUUAAAAUUUCCAACCCGCUAAGUGAAUUUGUGGACCAAAUUUGAAGGAACUUUAUGUGUAGCUGGUUCUUGCUCAUGGUAUUUAGUAAACAAACUCAUGAAAUGGAUUCCUAGCAAUGUUCUAUUUAUCAAAUAACUGACCAUUUCCUGUUGAAAGUUAAAACUUAGAGAUUGAUUUAUUACAGCUUGUGCAAAGUUGUAUAACAGGGCAUAGUCUUUGCUCCCAAGGUUUGAGUCAGGGGACAGGGAAUUCAGAGCCUGAGCAGGAUUGUCAGCUUUCUUCUGACAUAAUCUGGGGCAAGGGUCACAAGUAGUGACUUGUGUUCCUAUUCUCUGUGACACAGGGUUAGUCAUCAUUAAGCUGAUGUUAACAUAGUUCCUAGAAGCAGACCCUUGACACACAUUCACUAAUUUAUGCUAAUUGGAUUCAGUUCUUGUUUUAAUAAUAGUUCAAGGUUUUUCUGUUUUGUUUCUUAGACUAAAUACAGUUAGAAUAAAUUAGACAAAGCAAUCUAAUGGUUAAAAUUUCCAUUUGUAUUUUAUUUUCUGGAAUAUGUUUUUCAUGGUUACUUGUUUUAAAAGAUUUUAAAAAUCAUUGCACUUUGGUCAGAAAAAUAAUAAAUAUAUCUUAUAAAUGUUUGAUUCCCUUCCUGCUUGCUUUUUCAAUAAAGUUUGGAAGUCCAAGUGAUUUUCUUUCUUUAGAAAAUUAAUUUUUUUUCUUUGUUCUUUAUUUCCCAUUCCUAAAACUGAGUGAUAACUAAGGUUCUUUUUUAAAAAGAUGUUUAUGAAUGUUUUGUCUGAAUGUAUGUUUGCAUACCAUGUGCAUGCUUGGUGCCCACAGAAGUUAGAAGAGGUCGGAUCUCCUGCUACUAGAGCUACAGAAAAUCAUGAGUUGCCUUGCAGGUGCUUGGAACAACCCAGGUCCUCUGCAAAACUGCAAAUGCUUCUCACCUUUGAGUGAGCUGCCUGUUCAGCCUGUAUCUAAGGUUCUUAAUAGAGAGAUUUCUUUAAAUGUUCCUCAUUUCAGCACUUAUACUGUUUAGUACAUAAUGUUAAAUAGAACACAGACUUUAUAUAAUUAGAUUUUAUUGAAAAUAGUAAGAACAAGUUAAUGGACUUUUUAAAAUAAUGUAUUUCUAAGUGUCUUUCAAAAUAUUUACUACUUGUCAUUAGAAAACAAAGUAUCCCUUCAUGCUUUAGUGUAUUUACUACACACUUUUUUUUUUAUUGGAUAUUUUAUUUACAUUUCAGAUGCCAUCCCCUUUCCCCAUUCCCCCCACCCCCGUAGAAAACCCCUAUCCCAUGCCCCCUUUUCCUUUUUGCUUUCAUACAAUUUUUUAAAAAAUGUUAAUCAAAGGCUUUAUAAGUUUGGUAAUGCUCAAUCAGAAGUGUAACCCAAUACCCAACCUAGAUAUAUCAACUAUCUUUGACUGGUGGAGACACGUGAACAUCUGCCUCCAUAUCCUCCCACCUCUCUUUCUCUCUCUCAUCACCUAGCUUUUCCUCUCCUUCUUCUCCUCUCCUUACUUCUUCUCUUCCUCUCGGUACUCCUCCCACCUUAGCUCCUCCUACAUAUCACCCUUCCUGUUAAAAUAAAACUUUUCUUUCAAAAUACAAUAAUUAUGCCAAUUUGUACCAGUGAGGUACAAGAUAGUCCUAAUACCCAGUCCAUCAUUUUUUACCACACACUUCUAUUCAGUCUGUCUUGGUUCUUGGAAGAUUAUAGUGAAUUUUUGUCUAGUAUUUCAAUCCAGUGGAGCAGAGGCUUUGUUGGUGAUGAAUCACACAGCUAUGAAAUGAAGAGAGGGUACAGACUUCCUGUUCAUGCGAGGGAAGAAAUACACCAGCUAGAAAUGUAGAUACUCCUACUGAUGACUCUAAGAACACCCUUCACGUUUUGAAAGGACUAGGUGUUUUGAAUCAUCAAAUAUUUCUCUGACAUUUGCAAACAAACAAAAAACCCACAGUAAUUUCUGACUUAUGAGUAAGUUUGCUUUUUAAGUAGAAUAAUGUGUUGGCAAUAUUGAGUUUUGGAGUUGAUGGGGUACAUCUGACUUUGCUAUUUUAGUCAUUCUGUUUAUCCAAGAUACAGUACUAGAAGCUUUUGCGAUUCUUGAAGGACUUUACUUUUGAGCCUCUUAAAAGUUACUGUUAUUUCCAUGUUCUAGUGUUGGAUGUAUAUGAUUAAAUUUACUCAUGUAUAUGAGUAAAUAUCUCAAUAAAUGUUGUGCUGAUG